AAGAGAAGCAUUCAUUGAUGGCUACUUGUAGGCUUCUAGACCCUGUUUUCUGUAUUUUAUUCUCCAGAACAGAGACGACGACGAAAACUCACUCUUUCAUCGCCGCUUUACAGUAUCCGCCCGCGGCUCUACCUUUUCCCGCUCGCCCAAUUGCUGGCUGCACUCUCUUCUUUGCGCUCCAAUUCUCAUUUUUCCUCCCACUUUCUCUUUGCCUCCCAAUUGCUCGCGUCUCUACAAGCUCAAACAUCUGCUGAAUCGCAGCUCUUCACAGGAAUUCGCCUUACUGUUUAUCAUCAUGGAGGCAUAGUGCGAUAACUAUAGUAAAGAGAUUAGUAGACUUUAUAGAUGCUAAACUUCAUGUGUGAUGGAGAGUGGAAAUUUAUACCAAAGCAGUCAUGUGAUUCAGGAAGGCAUUGCACCCAUCUCAAAUGAAGGAUGGAAUGAUACAGUAUCGUCACGUAAUAGCCUGGACCUGGCAACUUGUAGGGUGUGCCAAUGCUCUAGAACUGACAAAAGGGGAGAUGCUGUACUGGAAAUUCUUCGUAUAACCCCUCCAUCAAGUGACACACAGGAUAAAAAGGGGGAGGUUAGGCUGGACCACACCACAGAAACAAAAGAUAAUGGAAAUGAGUUCAGUGCUGUAACAGAAGCUAAAGAGGGAUCUACUUGUGUUGAAAUUGUUAGUCCUGAUGGGGAAGUUUUUGUUUGUGAUGCUGACAUUGAAACGGGUUCUUAUCAUAACCAUGGCACUUUAAUUGAACUUGGCUGUGACUGCAAAAAUGACCUUGCACUUGUGCACUAUGCGUGUGCACUCAAGUGGUUUGUCAACCAUGGAUCCACCAACUGUGAAAUAUGCGGGUGUAAAGCCAAUCACAUCAGAGAUGAUGACUUCAAUAAAGUUGUGAACUGUUUGAAAGCAUAUAAUAUGCUGAGAGAGAGGACUUUAAAUGGAGAGCCUGUUCCUGAUGCUGUUGCAGCUAUUCGUAGUCUACGGUUGAGUGAAAUUUCAUUGUGGUUCAAUCCCUGUAACAGAUCCGCAGUAGUUUCACUUGUUACUGAACAACCUGCUACUACUUCUGAUAUGCUUGAAGAUGAAGCCUUCCCAACUGAAAAUAGGGCAACCAAGUGGGCUGUAGAAGGCACUGGUGUCCUCCUUGCUACAGGGCUGCUUACUUUUACUCUUGCAUGGCUCAUUGCUCCUCAUGUUGGAAAGAAUACUGCAAAGAAUGGACUGCAUAUUCUUCUAGGGGGCGUAUGUGCUUUAACACUUGUAGUCUUCUUCCGCUUUGUUGUGUUGGCAAGAAUCCAGUAUGGACCUGCACGCUACUGGGCAAUGUUGUUUGUCUUCUGGUUUCUUGUAUUUGGAAUAUGGGCUUCAAGAACACAUUCAACUUGAUCUUCCUCUCUUUUCUUGCACCUUCAUUAAAAUAGCGCAUGCAAGUAUAGAAACACAGUUUCUUACUGCUAUAUAUGGAUUUUCUCCUUUACAGCGCUCUGCAUACACGACAUGUACAUUGCUCCAGAAGUUUUAAAAGGUUUUAAAUUGAAAGAGAUUUAUUGUACUACUGUUAGUACUGUAUACACCAGUACAAUGGAGAGAACUGAAAUUCGCUUGUCCUCUAAAGAUUUUUUCUUUUGGACUGAAA